AUGCCAUUGCCCCCUUCGACACUUAACCGCAAGAGUAGCCGAGUCUACUCUGUUGCCAGAGUUUACAAAGAUGCCUGCGAGAAACGGCCACAAGAGUACUGGGAUUACGAACAAGGUGUCACAAUUGACUGGGGCAGGAUAUCAAAUUACGAGAUAGUCAACAAAGUGGGCCGUGGUAAAUACUCAGAAGUUUUCCGUGGCAAAUGCGUUUUGACUGAUCAAUAUUGUGUGAUUAAAGUCUUGAAGCCUGUAAAGUUAAAGAAGAUUUACCGUGAGCUCAAGAUUUUGACUAACUUGACCGGUGGACCGAACGUCAUCGGAUUACUGGAUAUAGUACAAGACCCGGGUAGUAAAAUACCUGCGUUGAUUUUUGAAGAGGUGAAGAAUGUGGACUUUAGAACUCUUUACCCGUCGUUCACUCUAUCUGAUAUACAAUACUACUUUACGCAGCUAUUGAUCGCACUUGACUACUGCCACUCAAUGGGAAUCAUGCAUAGAGAUGUAAAGCCACAAAACGUUAUGAUUGACCCAACAGAGCGUAAGUUAAGACUAAUUGACUGGGGUUUAGCGGAGUUUUACCACCCAGGCGUGGAUUAUAACGUGAGAGUUGCUUCACGUUAUCACAAGGGACCAGAAUUAUUAGUGAACCUAAAUCAAUACGACUACUCGUUAGACCUUUGGUCGGUAGGUUGUAUGCUUGCCGCAAUCGUGUUCAAAAAGGAACCAUUUUUCAAGGGUAGCACGAAUCCUGAUCAACUAGUGAAAAUUGCACGCGUUUUGGGGACUAAAGAGCUAUUGGCCUACUUAAAUCACUACGGCUUGAAGCUUCCUCAUGAAUAUGACAAUAUCAUGAAGGAUUUCGAACGCAAACCUUGGUCUUACUUUGUUACCUCAGAUACGCCGCUGGCCGUGCCCGAGAUUAUCGAUUUGAUUGACCACCUUUUGAGGUACGACCACCAGGAGAGAUUGACCGCAAAAGAGACGAUGGCGCACGAAUUCUUCAAGAAGGAAUAUUAA